UAAACAAAAAUUGCUAUUAAUUAUAAGAAAACCAUAUUUAUUAAUAAAAGAGACAAUUAAGAAGUAGAAUUCAACUAAGUGUAUUUACAUUAUUUUACCAGAACGAAGCCACAGUUUACCUAAAUCAAAUAUGGAAGAUAAAACUUUUAUUUGGACUCCUGAGUUAGUUACCAAGUUUUUAGAGGCACGAUUUGAAAACGAAUGGUUAUUUCAAAAAAAGAAACAACCAUGGAAGGAAUUUUAUAGCAUACUUCUUGAAAGUGGAUUUCCAGAGGAAAUGACCAUUGACCAUGUUAGAAAGAAAUGGUCAUACACAUAUGAUAUGUACAAAAUAGCAAAGAAAACUAAAAACAAAAGUUGGAAAUACUACAAAUUAUUUGAAAAAAACUUAGAAAUAUCUAAAGCAUUAGAGAAAUAUUCAUCAUGGAAUAAUGAGUGGCGUUUGAAAUUGAUCUCAUGUAUAUCUGAGACAAAGCAAUUCAAGUUGGAUUUCCAGACAAUGUGGAUGACUGUGGAAAAAUCAUUGCGUCUUGAAAAUUUACCUAUAGAUUGCUUCAUACAGGACCUAAAAGGAUUGUGGCAUCAUUUAAGAAUGACAUUUCAGCGUAAACACAGAUGUAAACUAAGAAAUGGCACAGGAGGAGCGGAUUCAUGGCCAUUAUAUGAGACCAUGUUGUCUUACUAUCAGAAGUUUGAGCCCAGCUAUCUAGCUUGGAUGGAGUCAGACUCUACAAGUAAAUUCAUCGGCGAACAGAAAAAGACCAAGAAACUUUGCCUAUACAAUGAAAGAAAGGAGAAUUGUACUGAAGAAUUCCAAUGGUCAAAAGAUCUCACAGAAUCUUUCAUACAGAUUCGUUUGCAGAACGAUUGGUUAUUCAGGGAGAGGAAGUGGGCUUGGAACGAUCUGAAGAAGAUAAUGGCAGAAGAGUACGAUUUCCCGACAGUGUUGUCGGGGAGAGAACUCUGCAAGAAAUGGGCAUCAACUUAUUCUGAAUACCAGAGAGCGAAGGCUACCAACAACAAGAACUGGGUGUACUUCACGUUGUUCGAACUGUACCUGGGAGAGGGCAGUAUGAACCCCAUCAUUGAUUGGCAAGAGGAAUGGGUGUUCAACUUGAUCAGUUCGCGCACCGACUUACGUCAUCUGUUCAGAUUUACUAAGGAUCAUAUCAAAGGAUGGAGAGAAGUCGAGAGGAAGCUACGGAACAUCGGUAUACCUAUAAACCACAGUCUGUUGAACAUAUCAGAGAUCUGGGUGUACUUGUUGAAGACUUUUAAGUGGAAGCAGAAAUUCGCCAAACAAGGUCUACUUAACGAGCAAUGGCCGUAUUACGAUGCGAUGGCGAGUUAUUAUAAUUUAGAGCAAGAAUAUAUGUUAGAUAAAACGAAGGAGGUGAGGGUAGAAGUGGAGGUGUUACCUUUAGAGGAUGAGUACGAGGAUGACAUGAAACUGCUGGACCUGAAGCAGCUGCUGCAGGUGAAGCCGGAGCGGGAGUGUGCGGCGCUCUGCAGGUCCUGCUACAAUGAGCCGGGCUGCCUCAACGUGUUCCAGAAGGAUGACGAUGGUGUCGAAUUGGCGUACAAAUUGAAGCUGAUAGGAGGUAUCCAGGUGGACCAAUCUGAUAGCUUACCCUCACAGAUCUGUCUAAAUUGCUCAAAUCAAUUAGAAAACGCAUACAAAUUCCGACGGAAAUGUCAAGAAAUAGAUCGUCAGUUGCGACACAAUUGUGUAGAAGAUAGAAUCAAAGUAGAACAUAUAACAGAAGCUAAUGAAGGUAAUGCAUCAGAUAUGCAUGAACGGAGAGCUAGCAACGAAUCAGACUCGUGUCCUAACAAUUUUCUUAUAUCGAUAGAUAAAAAACCAAAUGUAAAAGAAGUGAAAACUGAUAAACAAAAUUUAAUAAAGAAAAAAAGGAGGCCUCGAAAAAUGAUAUAUCGUUAUUGGAAGGUUUGCGAAAUUUGCGGGAAACAUACGAGCAAUUUGGUCGCCCAUAUGGAUAUGCAUACAGCUGGGAAGGCUUACGAGUGUGAUUUGUGCGAUAAGAAAUUUAAAUAUAAAAGUGGUCUGCUUCUACAUAAAUCGACUCAUAACGCAACGCCGAGGAAGACUUGUGAAGUUUGCGGGAAGACAUUCCACGUGUUGGCUCAGUAUAGACGACAUUUUGCGUAUCAUGCGAAUGAGAGGAAAUUUAGUUGCGACGCUUGCGGGAAACGGUUCAAUUCGAUGGAGAUAUUGAAAGUUCAUCAAAGAAUACAUACGGAUGAGAGACCUUUCCCUUGUCCUGAAUGCGGGAAAACAUUCAGAACUGCUGGCUGUGUCAGUAGACAUAAACGUAUUGUGCACAAAAGUUCAAAAACUAAGUGAAGUUGUAUCUAUUUUAUAUUUACUUUUGUUAUUCUUUGUAUUAUGUUGCAUUGAUGAGUAUUUUGACAAUAUAAUUGUGGGAAUUAA